AUGCUUAAUGACUCAAUGUUUUUCUUUUAAUUUAACAAUUCUAACUCUAAUAAAAAUUUUAACAUGACUUGUAUUCAAAACAUAAAUAACAAGUGGUAAACAAAUUAGUGUCAGUCUAAGAAAAAUAAACUUAGCAACAGCUACUCUUGUGUAUGCCAAAACUAAUCUCCAACAACCCUUAUUGAGUAGCUUGAUGAUGUUUUACUUUAGAAUUAAAACCUAAAUACUGCAUUUGGUUCUUAAGGAUGGUUUAAUUUAACAAAUUUUAAAGAACCUUACAAGUACAUCGCUUUUUGGUUAUUAGCUAUUACAGCUUUGCUUCAAUUAAUACUUUGGUAUUUUGGUAGAAAAUUAGAUUAAAAAUCUUUAUAAAAAGAAAUAUUUUCAAUGACUCCAGAGACUUAACUUCCAAUAAUUUAAAAGCAAAGUAUAGACUAAAUAAAUUUAACACCUUCUAAUAGGUUUGAGUAAAAAAUGUAAAAAAGCAAAAAUAUUUAAAGAUAUGAAAAAAAUAAUGAUUUUUCUUAAUAAAAAUAACCAAAAAGCAAGAAGAUAAGUCUAAUUUAGAUGUAGAAAAUAGAUAACUCUCCCUUAGACAAGUAGAAAAUAGAAUAAAAAGAAACAGAUAUUAAAAUAAAAAGCUUAGAAAGAGAAUCUAUGCCUUUUACUUGCAAAAUAUAAUCUAAUAAUGAAAAUUUGAAUAAAAGAGAGAUCAUUCAUAAGAUGAGGUAUUUUCAAGCAGAUUUAAUACCCUCUACUAACUAAAAAGUGGGAUUUAAAGAAAAAAUUGAAGAAUUUUAAUUAUUAGACAUUGAUCAAGCCCCUACAUAUUCAUCUUCUGAGAAAGGUUUUGUAAAUUAACAAAACGGUACUCCUCUAAAAAAUGAGGACUAAAAUAAAAAUUCUAACGAAAUAGAAAUAGUUAACUAAAAUCCUCAAGGAAAAAAAGCAUAUUUUAAUAAUUUUUAAUAGAAAAACUUUUUGAACUAUCUCGACCAUUGA